UCUCUGGUGACCGUUUCAGGGAACCACUGAGGCGGAGAGUUGAGCUGCUGAACACCGGGCAGCGCUCACAUGAGAGAGUGGCAGACGGUAAACUUGAAAGAUGUUACUGAUUGGUAGUGUGAAAAAUGUAGCUCAUAAUGUUGGACAUACUGUUAGUUAUUUUUGUGGGAUGAGCUCUGGCUGUGUGUAAAUCCUGUCUGUCUGUCCUAUCUACUGUAUUUAUCGAUCUGUCUGUCUGUGAGCUGAGAGCCCACACUCUGUCUUUUUUCUCCUCAGAAAUGAAUAGAGAAUUAAUUUAUGCCAAAAUGUUUUACAGACACACAAAUAGACAGAAACACUUUUUUGUUAACUGUUGUUUCUUUACGUACUAUUGUCACGUCUCAUCUGUCUUGAAUUUCUGGUAAACGAAAAAUUCACACAUUUGGAUUUUUAUUUCUUUGAAAACAAACACAAAACCCCAUUCAUCUAUAGACACUGUAACGCAGAUAGGAGCAAAAGAGGGGAAAAAAUAGAAAUUAAAAUGACUGCUCAGACAUAAAUAGAAAAACUUGAAAUCUUAAUCACACCACAGAACCUUGCUUGAAGUUUCCUUUAACUGGAGAGAUGCAAAUGACAGACAGACGCAUGGAGAGAUGUGGUCCUGUGACCAAAGGAUAGAUGCACACUGUGGUCUGAAAGACGAAGACUGUGGUUCUCAGGGGCCUCAUUCAUUAAAAUGUUGUUUGAUUUUUUUUUUAAAAGAUAUCAAUGGCCCUGUAAGGCAUACGUUUUUAUCUUUAAAACAGUGGUAAAUUUAAUUUCCAACCCUUCGUCCUGGUCAAGAUCCAUGUUCUUACCUGACGUGUUGGGCUUUGGUCGUAAGCACAAAAUCUGCACCUGAAAUUUUUUUUUUUUUAAUGAAUGAGGCCUUUGGCUUCAUUAACUCAAAAUGAAUCAUUUCUUUACGAACAUCAGUUGCAGCCAUUUUUAUACAGAAUUCAAAAUAAUUGUGUGUGUGUUUGCACGUGUGAGCCUGUGUGUGUGUGUGUGUGGUGCUGCUGUCCACUCCCAGGGUCUCCAUAGCUCUCAGGUGAUUUUUGUUGUUGUGUGCUUUCGCCUGGUUCUUCAGUGUACUAGAUGUUCGUCCAAUCAGAUACCGCCUCAGUCUUCCAGACACGUCCAGUUUGACACAGACCCAAAACUGUCUGUCUUCAUAAUCCCAUCAGCGAUGGAACAGAAUGAAUGUGUAAAAAAAAAGGUUACAUUAAAGUGAAUGGACUGUGACACACAGGUGACCGCCAGGAUUCUACACUGACCAAAUAUUUCACAAAAAUGGGAAACGUUGUAUGUACGUUGUAGGAUUGCAUGUUUUGCUUGAAGAGAAAUCACUCAUUUAUCAAAGUUUGCCUCUGCUGUGCACUGACUCUGCAUCCGCUCCUCACUUCAUUUCAUAUUUUUUACCACGAAAUUACCACAAAGCCAUAUAAUCAGCCACAUGGGCCGAAGGGCAAAGAAGGAAAGAAAGAGCCUGGAUCAGAUGGAGUAAACAAUCUUUAUUCUAACAUUCUUUUAAAUCCAAAUGCUGUUUCAUACUACCUGCUGCUGAAUGGAAAUUGGUUCAAGUUCAACUGAAAUGUACUUUCUGUGUUUUUAGUUGUACCUCUGUGCAUUAAGCCUCUGUAAUAUUUAUACCUGAAUCACGUUAACGUGAAUUCAACAUUUACAGUCUUUUAUUGAUUUUCCUUGAGAGAUUUUUCUCUUCAAAUUUGUCAACAUGACUUAUUGAAGAACACUUCAAACCAGUGAUUGAUUUUUAUACUGAAAUUUAAAUGUAAAGAUUUCCACAACAUUUAUAUUACAGUUUGGAAAGGAAUAGACAGAUCCAGUCUUUAAUUGUGGCUUCUACAUUUUUGAACAACCUAUACUGCAUAAAACAGUUCUGAGAGACUGGAAUGUUAUCAAACAAACUAAGAGUUCUAGCUUCCUGCUUCAAAUACCUUAAAACAUUAGUAGUAAACUCGUAAAAAGUAGGUUAAAAAAAACCUACUUCAUCCAGUUGCCCUCGAUGUAACUGUUUUUGGUUUAACUUUGUGUUGAGCAAUCAGUUUUUAUUCAGACACUAGGUUUCCUGAUUACAUUAAAAUAAAAACACAUUUGGCUGCAACAGCAGUUAAUUUCAGUUGAACUUAAAACUCAUCCUGGUCCAGAACAGUGAUCAUUUAUGAAUGUGUUUUAUAUUUUUGAGAAAUUUCUUUGCUAGGCUUAAUUGGAUCAUCUCUGUUUCUGAAAGAGUACUGUAAGAGCAGUUUGAGGUCCCUGUGUACAUGUGUUGGUUUUUUUUUUCUGUUUUAAUUUUCCUGUUUUAACUUGAGGAUUUUAAAUUGGUGUGGUCUGUGUUUGUCAUAAAAUAUGUCUCAAAAGAACAUAUUGUUCAUUUUUUCAGUUUAAGUACUUUUUUAUGCAUCUAACAUAGGCGUGAAUGCCAGAUCAAUGCAAUCAUUUACAUGCAUGUCGGACACAACAACCGUGUUUAAAGAGGUGAACUUUCAAUAAGACAGUCCUCCGCUGUCGGAUUGUGACCAACAUCUUCAUGAACUGGCACACUUUGAGGGUGUAGGUACACACUGGACAAAAAAUGCAGGGUACUGCCAAUGUACUGACAGAUUCCAAACGGUAUUACACUGCUCACAGCAGAAACAAUCAGGAAUUCUAAGGCAUCAUGACAUGGGUAACAUCAUGGUUUGGACCAGGAGGCUGGUACCCUGCCUGUCUGUGUGUGUCUGUGCUGUUCUGUUCACAUCAACCGCCGUCUGUUGGCCGAGAUACACUGACAAAUAAUUAAAAAAAACCUUUUGAUUCAUCAAUUUUGUGUGUGUUUUUAAAAUCCACAAAAAAUAAUACCAUUUAUCAUAGGUGAUGGAAAAACAGUAGUACAAGGUAGAAGGCAGCAGGAAAGAGUAAGGCAAUACUAUACUGACUGGAAAAGGCAGGACCCAAAGCAUACAGAAUAAGCUGGCAGUGAGACACCUGUCUGUUUGUAAGAAGAAAUUAGCUAGAUGGCAGUAAUUUAUAGAUUGGGAAAUCGACAGGAACUGAACUCAGGGAACAAUGAGUAGAAAUAAUAAAUGUGUUUGUUUCGAUAUUUUACCUCAAUUACGAUCGGUGUAAGGACUUUAUCGUUAAAACAUCAAAGUUGCGUGUCUUUGAAAAUAUGGUAAUCAAACAUAUGGUAAUACCGCAGGAUGCCUCCAGGGGGCACACUCCCGGUGUACAUUUUCACGGGAAUAGAAAAAAUACACUUCCUUUCUUUCUAUAUGUCAGUGUAACACUAAGACUGGGUGUCGUUGUGUAAAACACCAAGACUGGGUCUUGUUUAAAGAAACUAUUUAUUACUUAAAGUGUAUUUACAGUUCCCGUGCGCUGCGUUUUACCUUUUCUGUCUACAAGGUAUUCUAAAAGGUUGACAUGAAACCGGAAACGGAUGUUGAACACGGAAGCUUUUAAGAAACGUACCGUCCGCCAUAAAGAAGGACAUCAGUAAAUGUUGAGUGAAUUCAAGCUUUUAAACUGUACAGAGGAAGUUAAUUUCACUUUAACCAGUUAGAUUUAGGGAAAUAUAAUGCACCACUAACAAAACAACAUUGUGGACUGAGUACAGUUUAAACAGAAAUGGACAGACUUAGUAGCGACGUAGCGUCGGUGGUUGAAGUUGCUUUCCAGGCGGCGGUAUCAGUGUUCAGGGAUGUUUUGGUAAAAGAAGCGCCGAACUUGGAGUGGAAAGAGUCCAAUUUUACGCAAAUUCGCGAGAUUGAAAGAUGUCUGGUGUGUCAGAUCCAAAAAGUGUUCACGGAGGUUUCAUCCGACCUCAUUGAGGAAAUCGAGGCUCUGCGGGCCAAAGUGGAGCAGUUGGAGGAUGUGCUGCAGAAGAAAGCCGGCCAACUGGAGCAGGAGCUGGAGGCCAGAGUGGGUCAGCUGGGCAGAGAAAUGGAGCAGCUGGAGCAGGAGCUAAAGAGCUUUAGCCACAGCACCAGCAAUGAUGCUGCAGAAAACACUGCUGCCUCAGCGGAUGAUGCAGAAAAAAUGUCCACAAACUCUGCACCUGGAGGCAAAGAAAGUAAAGUCGGUUCCACAGAGGAGUCCACGACUGUCACUCCAACUGCAGUGUCCCUUGUGGCUGACUUGGAUAUGAAUCCAUCUCCUACUGCAACACAGACUGACACUCAACCAACAGAACUGCAUGUCAUUCUGGAGACAGCAAAUUUACUGGGGUCUACGCCUCAGGAUGUUCCCAGUCCAAACUCCAUGAUUACCAUCAGUAACAAUGUAGUGGAGGAGCAGAAGAAAUCCAAGGGAGAGCAACCUACGGGGAGACCGAAAAGAAUGAGGAAACCGACUUAUAAAGCUGAAAAAGAUUUUACUGAUAACGAAAUCAAGGAGAAGAGAAUGAAGCCAAGUGAAACGUUAGCAAACAAGGAGUCAGAAACAGACGAGCGUUUCUCCUGUGAGAUCUGUAAUGUUGGCUUCUACUGGAAAGGUGACCUGAACAAACACAUGAAGACUCACAACAAGCCUUUUCCUUGUGACCAAUGUGACAAAAGUUUCUUGUCAAAGAAGUUGCUUGAGAAUCACAUCUUGCGCCACGAAACGGGUAAAGCUCCUGGGCUUUUCCCCUGUCCUCGCUGUAAAAGAACAUUCAAAAAGGAACAGUCACUGCAGAAUCAUCUCAAGUGUCACCAGAAGUCGAAGCCACCGAAACCGUUUGUCUGUGACCAGUGUGGGAAAACAUUCAGGGUCAAACAGUCUUUGGAAAACCACCUCCUGCGUCAUGAGAAAAGUAAGGAAGUGCUGAAGUGUCCGCUCUGUGAGAAGACGUGUAAGACAUCUGUGCAGCUGAAAUGUCACAUGACUGUGCACUCAGAGGAGCGGCCGUUCAGCUGUGAGAAAUGUGGGAAGGAAUUUAAGAGUAAAGACACUCUUCGCUUCCAUCAGAUGGUACACACAAAUACUAAAAAAUAUAAGUGUAACAUGUGUGAGGAGUCUUUCAAGUACGCUCACUCCCUGACUGUGCAUAAGAGGAAACACACUGGGAUCACUCCUUUCAUAUGCACAGUGUGCAACAGGUCGUAUAGAACUGGAACCGCGCUGAAGAGACCCAGCAUUGUCCACACGGGGGAGAAACCAUUCACCUGUCACAUUUGUGGAGCCAGGUUUAACCUGAACAACAACCUCAAGAGGCACAUUCGCAUUCACACGGGAGAGAAACCGUUCACUUGUAAAGAGUGUGGCAAGAGCUUUGCAGACAACAACAAGCUGAAGUCACACAUGCUGGUUCACGGUGCCAGGAAGCCCUUCAUGUGCGAUCUGUGUGGGAAAACCUUCCUCUUCAACUGCAGGCUCCAGAUGCAUCAGAAGUAUGUGCACAUUGAUAGAACUGGCGAAUCGGACGCCACGCAGACGGUGUCACAGAGGAGACAGAGGAAUAAGUCCCUGGUGAAGCCGUUCAGUUGUAAAAUAUGUCUGAAAGGUUUCAGUGCUGCCUAUUCCCUCAAACUUCAUGAGCGAGGGCACAGUGAGCACAAGGAGUUUAACUGCGGCAUAUGUGGGAAGGGUUUCCACAAUAAAUACUCUUUCAGUUACCACCAGAGAAGCCACGCUGGCGAGAAGCCAUAUGUGUGCGCCGUCUGCGGAAAGAGAUUUUUCCACACCAGCAGCCUGAAGCAGCACGAACGGAUUCACACUGGAGAAAAACCGUACAAGUGUGACCAGUGUGGCAAGGAGUUCAGAACGGAUGGAAACUUCUACAGACACCUGAGGAUCCACACUGGCGAAAAGCCCUUUGAGUGUUUUCACUGUAACAGGAGGUUCCACCAGUCCAAUCAGCUCAAGUCCCACAUGCAGAUCCACACGGGGCAGAAGCUGUACAUGUGUCAGCAGUGUGGACAGGGCUUCUCUGACUCCAGGCAAGUGAAGAAGCACAGCUGUGAGAGUGUGCUGGCCACUGCUGCACUCAUUUUUGAUCCCUGUGUAGGAAAUGACAAAGAUUUUUUAAUGCAGGAACUAGUACCAGCAAUGUACAACGUAUUUGCAUGCCUAAGCAAGAAUUAUAAGGUCAAAGCAAGUAACAGGAAAUCAAAAAAUAAUUCCUGCUCAAGAGGUACUGUUGGGGUGAAGCUUGCAGCCCUUAAUGUUCUUUCAGGGAACUUCACCUACAAAGACCGGUCUAUCGUGGAGAUGGCCUUAAAAACUGCGUCAUACAUGAUUGGAGACUCAGAAGGGUCCGCCAACACGAGGAAGCAGUCAGAUUUGAUUGUGGAAUCUUUGGCUCGGGAAGCAACAAGAAAGAUCAGCAACAUUUUCACCCAGCUGUGCCUAAUGCUGCAGAGAGAAAACACCACUCUGAAGGCUACAGUGGGACAGCUGCAGAGUGAGCUGAAGACUAUGAGGGAAAACUUUGAAAGCACGAGGGCGGGGAGAAACAGCAUCCUGAAUGGCUGCCCAAUCCUUAUUGAAAAGAGUGGAUUGAUUUUCACCUCAAAGUCGAGUGGGGAGUUAAAAAGUAAAACCGAGUUCAUAAAAAACGACAUCACAGGAGAACUGUUUAGUGCUGUGGUGCAGAGAGGACCAGAUGUCGAUGAAGAGACUCCACAAGAGCUAAAUUCUGAAGUGCAGUCCUCAACAGCAACUAUCAAAGACCCUCCUGAUCAUUUUACCUCAGUGAACAUGACAACGUUGAGUACUGACACUCAAAACAUGCAGGAAGCAGAAGCCAAGAGGAAGAGGAAGGUGUUUGUCUGUGAUGUCUGUAACAAGAGCUUCAACAGGCAGUUUCAUUUGAUGAAGCACAUCAACUCCCACAAAGAGCAGAGGCCUUUCGCCUGCAACCAGUGCUCACGAAAAUUCAGAAAUGCAGCAGCUUUAGAGCACCACCUGCUGCGCCACGAGGAAAAGAAGAGCGCCUCCUUUCAGUGCAGUGUCUGUGAGAAGAAGUUCAAAACCAAAGAGAACCUAAAGGCACAUCAGCUCGUCCACACAGACGACAGGCCUUUCAUCUGUUCCUCAUGUGGGAAGGGCUUCAAAAGUAAAGGUAACCUGCAGUCUCAUCAGCUGGUCCACAACAACCAAAAGCCGCACAGAUGCUCUGAGUGCGGAGAAAGUUUCAGGUACGCCUUCACUUUGCAGUGCCAUAAAAGUGUUCAUACGGGUGAAAACCCGUACAAAUGCACAGAGUGUGACAAAGUUUUUACGAAGAGGAGGUCACUGAGGUCACACAGGCUAGUUCACAGUGGAAAAACCUUCACGUGUGAGACAUGUGGAGCAGGCUUCACUCUUCAGCAGAACCUGAAGAGACACUUACGCAUUCACACGGGCGAGACACCUUUCGGGUGUAAAAUCUGUGGGAAGAACUUUGUUCAGGACAACAAGCUUAAAGUUCACAUGCUGCUGCAUGGUGCUUCAAAGUCCUUUAUGUGUGACCUGUGUGGGAAAACCUUUCUGUACAACUGCCAGCUCCAGAAACACCAAAAGGCAAGAUGUGGCCGGGUGAUACGGAGACGAGCUGAGGACCAAGGCAACCGCAGGGUGAUCUACCGUCGGGACAGGACCACCGUAGAUAUGACUCCAUUCACCUGCAAGACCUGCCACAAGAACUUCAACACCGUAGCUGCAAUAAAAAGACACGAGCUGAUACACACAGAUCAAACACAGUACAAAUGCCACACAUGUGGAAAGGCGUUUUUCUACAAAGCCACGUAUGACUACCAUCAACGCAUUCACUCAGGAGAAAGGCCAUUUGGUUGUGACGUAUGUGGAAAGCGUUUCAUCAUCAAACAGGCUCUGAAGGCUCACCAGCUGCAGCACUCAGGGGAGAGACCACACACCUGUGAGCAGUGUGGGAAGACCUUUAGGAUCCAUUCAAACUACCGCAGGCACUUGCGCAUCCACACGGGUGAGAAGCCCUAUGAGUGUGGAGUUUGUGGAAAGACGUUCAGGCAACUUGGACACGUGAAGUUUCACAUGCAGGUCCACACAGGAGAAAGACCGUACUCUUGCAGCAGCUGUGGACUUGGAUUUUCAGAUUCAAGGUUGCUCAAAAGACAUAACUGUGCUGUCAAAAAUAUAAAGGUCUUGGAAGACACACUCACUCUGGCCUCAACAAGACGUAAUCAGCAUUUAUUUACCAUACAUUUAUUCGUCAUGUCGAAUUUGGAGACACAAGUGGCCGCCAUUUUGGAGAUAAUGGUGAACGCGACUGUCAAAGAAAUUAGUAAAGUAACGGCUGAAAACACCGAGAGAUCAGAAGGGAAGGUGAUCCAAGUCAGUGUUUUAAUGACGUCUCUGGCUCGAGAAGCAGUUGAGAAGAUCUGCCAGCUCUUUCAUGAGUGUUCCUCCCUGCUGCAGAUAGAGGUGUCACAGGGUGUGGCAGAGAUCGAGGACUUAAGGCGGAGGCUGGAGGUGGCAGAGAUGGAGCUGAAACUUGUGCUGGAGGGCAGCAGGGUUCAGAAGGAAGUGGAGAUAUCGACUGAGGAGAGCAGUGUGGAGAAGGCUCUGACAAAUGGUGCUGAUGAAGAUGCUGUCCAGAACAGCCAUCGCUCUGGGAGGAAGAGUCACAGAGCAGUGAUAACCAGUGCUUCGGGAGUUAAACGGUCACCAAUACUUCAUCUGUGGAAAGGACGAACCUGUGAGGACAGUGUCCACACGGUGAUAAUUAAAGAAGAAGGUUUGGAGGCAUUUGCUGACCCUGCAUAUGAAGAUUCAGUUCAUAACACUGAUGAGGACCCAGACUUCCAGUUAGGGCCAGAAGUUGUACAUAGUGAUUCCCAAGGACGCAAAGCCAGAUCCAAACAUUUUGUAAGGUCAAAGUCUCACAGAGGCAGAGUGAAGAAGAGCGGCCAAAGUCAGCAGCCCCUGAGCUGUAAACACUGCAAGAAAACCUUCAGCAAUCUGCUGCAGCUCAAAGCCCACCAGUCCGUCCAUGGAGCAACUGUUGAAAAGCCCUUUAACUGUGCUCAGUGUGGACGAGGGUUUUCCUUCCAGCGCAGCCUCAAUGCACACCUGCUUCUGCAUACUGGAGAGAGACCUCACACUUGUGAUGUUUGUGGAAAAGGUUUCACUCUAAAGCAACUGCUGAGGAACCACCAGCGCCUCCACGCUGACGUCAGACCGUUCAGGUGUGACCAGUGUGGAAAGUGCUUUUACAGAGCUCAUGGCCUAAAAAUGCACCAGAAGGUCCACACUGGUGAGCGGGCCUAUAAAUGUCACUACUGCAGCAAAAGCUUCACAAUCCCAGGAAACCUGCAGCGCCACCUGCGCAUCCACACGGGCGAAAAACCAUUCAAGUGCGAAACGUGCGGAAAGAGCUUCAACCAGGCCGACACUCUGAAAGGACAUCAGCGAAUACACACCGGCGAGCGUCCCUUCAGCUGUGAAACCUGCGGCAAGUGCUUCAUCCAGAAGAAUGCCUUGAGGAUGCAUCAGAAAACGUCUCACUCGGGCGUGAACUCUCUGGUCUGCGUGGCCUGUGGCAUGGUGGUGGCAUGUGUCGACUUACUGCGCAAACACCUCCAGACGCACGCGGCUAAUAUCCCGUGCGCGUGUGUGCUGUGUGACCUGCGGCUCAGCUCCAUCACUGAGCUGCGCAUGCACCAGCAGAAUCACUCAGUGGACAGACCCCACAGCUGUGGACUGUGUGGGAAGAGUUUCAAAUCCUCAAGUUACCUGAAGAUUCACCUGAAGACACACAGCGGAGAGAAACCGUUCUCUUGUGACAUCUGUGGUCGUCUGUUCACACAGCACAGCAGCCUCAAGUCACACCAGGUGGUUCACACAGGAGAGAAACCAUUCAGCUGCGACACGUGCGGGAAAUGUUUCAGUAACUCAGGCAACCUGAACAGACACCAGCGUAUCCACACUGGAGAGAAGCCGUUUACCUGUGACACGUGCGGGCGCAGCUUCAACCAGGGCAACAGCCUGAAAGCCCACCAGCAGAUCCACACUGGAGAGAAACAGUUCAUUUGCGACAAGUGCGGUAAGAGUUUCUCUUACCUUAGGAACCUCAAGGACCACAAGUGUUUCUAUGUCUGAUGCCAAGAGACUCUCCCCCUGUUGGUGGAACUGAAGACAGACACCUGUUUAUGACAGUGGGUCAAGUCUGAGUCUGGUUUGAACUACUACAGCUGUAGAGUAGAAGUCUUUGAUAUCAUGCUCCUCAGUUAAGUUCCAUCGAGAAUGAGGAAGGCUAGCUGUUUUUAGAGAGCUUUCACCCGAGCAGAUGACACUCUAAGUGAUAGACACGUCAAACACAAAUGUCAUUAACUACUGACCUGUCUGUGAAAUUUUACACUGUAUACUAUCUACCAUAUAUAUAAUAUGGUCUUUCUUAUAAUGUAUUUCAAUUGAACCAUAACCAUUGAAUUUAUUGUCAGCAGGUAUCAGUAUAAUCAGUAUAGGUAAGUAUAUUAAAAAUGUCAGAAAAAAGUUAAAUCUUCAGUACAUCUGACGUCAACAAGGGUGAUCAACCUGGGACCGUGGCACAGGUUUGGUUCAAAGCCAAAAUGUCAAUUCAUUUUGUUCUGAAACUGAUAGUGGGGUUUUUUCACGAUGUUGAUCCAAUGAAGAAAAUUGAGUAAACUGACAAAAUACAAAAGCAGAGUAUCUUGGCAGCUCUGUGGCAGUUUGUGAAAUAAAACAACACUAAAAAUCAA